AUGAAAUUGAAAGAUAUUCAACCACCAAAUAUAUCUCAAUUUAAAUAUCCUUGGCCUUUUCCCCUAAAGGAAUCUUUUUUUUUUAAAUUAAAAACUAGAUUAGUAACAACAGCAGUUUUCUCCUUAUCCAAAUUAUUAUUUAUCAGAGAUAUUAAUAAGCUUCAAGUUUUUGGAAAGGAGAAAUUUUUAAAAUGUUUAGAAGAUAAAAGUAAACCAUUGAUAACUAUGUCUAAUCAUAGAUGUAAUAUUGAUGAUCCAUUAAUGUGGUCUUUUUUAACAUUUCCUGAAUAUUUUAGAAAUGCUGCUAGAUUUCGGUUUAUAUUAGCUGCUUCAAAUAUUUGUUUUACAAAUCCAUUAUAUACAAAAUUUUUUUCAGCGGGUAGAUGCGUUCCAUGUGUUCGUGGUGAAGGUGUAUUCCAAAAAGGAGUUGAUUUUUCUAUUGAUAAAUUAAAUGAAAAAGAGUGGAUUCAUAUUUUUCCAGAAGGAAAGGUAGAAACAAGACCUAUACGAAUAAAAUGGGGUAUUGGGAGGAUGGUAGAUGAAUGUAAAGAACCACCAACAAUUAUUCCUAUUUGGAUAAAUGGUAUGGAUAAGGUAUGGCCAAGUACCAAACCAUUUUAUCCACGUUUUGGAAAAACAGUUAAAGUAAUAAUUGGUGAUCCAAUAGAUUCAUCAAUAUAUAUUAAUAAAAUUCCAUCUGAUUUAAAAAAAAUUGAAAGAAGAAAAAUAUUAACUGAUAUGUUACAGGAGAAAUUACUUUCAGCAGGAAAUGCUUCAUUAGGAAUAGAACCAAAAUUUUAA